AGCCCUGUUUUUAAGACAUGAGGGUCUGCUUCACGCCAACACCAGGAUCUGGUCUUCUGUGGACCAGCCAGAGGAAUCUUCAACAUUUCAUUGAUAUUCAUCUGGAGAACACAGUCAGAGAGACAGCAACAAUACUAAAACAAGAGAGAGAUGGCAAACUCAAAAUCAACAAGCUGGUACCAACCAAUGGACAUAGACGAGUCAAAUGAGACUCUGGAGGAGAUCAUCAGCAGGUAUUGUCGCUGGCCAAGCCAAGAAAAACCUCAUCCUCAAUCCAAUCAGAGGCGCCUACCACAACGACAGGAGAGGUAUCCUGCUGCCAAGAGCCAGGUCCAGGAGCUGCAGGAGAGGCUGGAGGAGGAGCGACAACAGAGACUCCAGUGUGAAAAGGAGAACAGGUGUUUAAAAGAACAACUUAAACACCUGAAGCCCUCCUUUCAGCCUCAGAACCUCACCCAUUAUGUGCAGCACACCACGGGGAAGUUCACUGGCAUAAUAAAAGACCUGAACCAGAAGCUCACAGCCAAGGAGGAGGCCAAUGAGACCCUCAAAAAGGAGGUGGAGGACCUGAAGAAAUGGCUGGCAGAAGCAAGGUCCAGCCACACUGAGCUGUCCUCCAAAUUGAUAUCCCAGAAUGAGGACAGUGACAGGCUCAAGACGGAGGUAGACCAGCUCACUAAGGACAAGGAACACCAAACCUGGUGGAUUGACCGCCUCAUGAAUGAGCUGGAUGAGGUCAGGGGGCAGCUUUGGGAGCUGGAGGCCUUAGACCUCAAGGAGGAGGUGGACAAGCUCACCAAGGAGAAGGCAAGCCUAACCCGAUGGAGUGACCGCCUCAUGAAUGAGCUGGAUGAGGUCAGGGGGCAGCUUUGGGAGCUGGAGGCCUUAGACCUCAAGGAGGAGGUGGACAAGCUCACCAAGGAGAAGGCAAGCCUAACCCGAUGGAGUGACCGCCUCAUGAAAGAGCUGGACGAGGUCAGCGACCCGCUUUGGGAGCUGGAGGCCUUAGACACCAAGGAGGAGGUGGAGGACCUGAAGAAAAGGCUGGCAGAAGCCAAGACCAGCCACACUGAGCUGUCCUCCAAAUUAAGAUCACAAAAGGACGACAGUGACAGGCUCAGGGAGGAGGUGGACCAGCUCACCAAGGAGAAGGAAACCCAAACCUUGUGGAGUGACCUCCUUCUGAAAGAGCUGGAAGAGGUCCGGGAGCAGCUUUGGGUGAUGAAGCUCCCCAACCAUCAAGCUGUCAAGGAGGAGACUGAUCUGGCCCAACUAAUGAAGAACCUGUCCCUCCAAGACAACUCAGGGCCCUCCCUUCCCAGCAAUGAGACUUGGGUUAAAGAACUUAUCAAGAUCUCUCCCUGGAGAACGCCCCCCUAAACAGCUGCUGCCCCCCCUCCGUGGGUUUUUCUCCGGGUAGCUCCGGUUUUAUCCCACACAAAAAAUUAGAAUAAAUUUGUGAAAACUA